AUGCAGAUGUUGCCGCCGUUCGGCCUCGAGGACGCAUGCACCAGGGAGGUGGACCAGAUUGUGGCGACCUCCACGAUGGAGGACCAAGCGAACAUCGAGUCCGAUACCCUCAUCUUCGUGGAUAUCGACGGGGUACUUAACAUCGCGAUCAGAGACCCGAAAGGCGCUCCUCUGCUACUCAGCGAAGACAAUGCCGAGCGCGCGCUGGCAAUGUGGUCCGAGAGGGGCAGCCUACAGCAGGACCAGCGUACCGCGGUCGAGCGCAUCGUCGCGACAUGCAGCCGCCAGGAGGGGCCGUUUGAGGACGCGACGUACUCGAAGCUGCUGUGUGCCCCUAACACAGCCCUCAGCGACCUGCUAGUAGGGCGACUGGCGCGGCUCAUCGAGGCUGCUGGACGUCAGUGCAAGGUCGUGCUGUCGUCCACUUGGCGCCUGCCCAGGCACUCGAAGCGCGCGCAUCAGGCGGAGGCGAUCCUCUCGCGGCAUCUGGGCAGGCACUUUGCCUUCGAUGCGCGCACUGCGAUUUGGGACGACAACACCCCUGAGCUCCGCCUGGAGUGCAUCGCCGACUUCGCCGCGGAGCACUGCGAGAAGGCCCCAUGGGUCAAGCGGUUGCGCAUGCUGGUGCUCGAAGACUUCCACACCACCCCCUUCGGGACGUGGCACUGCCGCAGGCAAGAGAUGGGCUCUGCCGACGCCGUCGAGCAGUACCUGCGGUCCCGCGUGCCCGCUCGCAUUGACGCCUCGGUACGGCUCAUCCACACGUACGACGAGUGGACCACUGACGGCGGCCUCUCUAUGAAGAUCGGCUGUGGGCUGACCAGGCAGCACUGUGAUCGGGCCUUGGGCUUCUUGGAGGCCUUCAGCAGCUCGGGCAACGGCGGCGUCUUCAAGCAGCCAGUGAUCGAUCAGAACAUUGACGGCAAGGGGGUGGCGGAUGAGUGCAUGGAUAAGCACCGGGCCCAGCUCUGGGUGAACAUGUCAGACGCCCUGGUGCACGCGUUCCGAUCUGGUGCACACGUUCUUGCGUCGAGAUGUUCGACGCCUGUCGCCCCGGUGCCAUGCAUUGUUUAA